AUGGAUCCGUCAGGCCAGCAGAAAUCGCGCCAGCAGCAGCAGCAGCCUGCGCCGCGCCGCUACGAUGGUGUCAAUGGGAAUCCCUUGUACGACGCGCACAAUGGUGGACACUACGGAGCGAGUGCAAAUAUUGCCGCAAAUGGACAUGCGCCAGCGCCGGAGAUUUUCACAGGACCAUGGGCAAACGUUAAUCAGGGCCUUUCGGGCACCUACCGAGAUAUACUUAACACCUACUGGCAACAACAAGUGUCGAAGCUCGAGACGGACGAUCACGACUACAAACUACACCAAUUACCGCUAGCACGGAUAAAGAAAGUCAUGAAGGCGGAUCCGGAAGUCAAGAUGAUCUCCGCAGAGGCGCCGAUACUGUUUGCGAAAGGCUGCGAUAUCUUCAUCACCGAGCUGACGAUGCGGGCCUGGAUACACGCGGAGGAGAACAAACGCCGCACGCUACAGAGGUCGGAUAUAGCGUCUGCGCUCGCCAAAUCUGACAUGUUCGACUUCCUUAUCGACAUCGUACCCCGAGAGGACGCAUCAGGACACAAGCGUGGCGGUGGAAGCAGCGCAGCACAGGCAUCAGCAAGCGCACCAGCUGUUCCUCAGGCUCAAGUGCAACAGACAGGUGUGCAUCCGCCGCCGCACGAGAUGGGAGAUUACAGGAUGGGACAGCACAUGCAGCAAGCGCAAGACUACAGGCAGCAACCUGCGAUGUUCGCACCUCCAGUUCAGGGCGACCCUUCUGGCGGAUACGGGCAGCCUCAACCCCAACUUUUUGACCAAGGCUUGUACGGCGCGUACGCCUUGCAGUCACAACAAAUGUAUCAAGGACUUUCGCGAGGCCCAGAUCCCACGGGAGCAGUAGACCCGAACAACCCAUACAGGACACACGGCCCUCCAGAAGGGGAUGAAGAUGCUGAGGGUGAACGAGAGGAUUACGGGCCCUAG